ACAAAACAAGAUUUCACACAAACCCUUCCGCAGUAGGUCUAUAUUUUGAGAUAAUUAAAAGUGAUGUGAGGUACGAAAACUGAAGGUUUAAAUUCAAACCUAGAACGUUUGUGUCAACCCCAACUACGGGAGAACUCACCCACUCCACCGUUAAAGUCCCCAGAAUGGCCAUAGUGAUCUCCGCUAGGUCGAAGGUUGUGACUGCCCUUGUGGUGACCGCCUUUGGUCUCAUCCUCACCCUUGUCAUUGGAAGCGCUCUGGGAUGGUUCGACCCUUCGGAGGACGACCUUUCCAUCCCCAUCAACACCCGGCGACCCCAUCGGGGCCAUGGAUAUGUGGAAAAGGUUUAUCAGGAAGAGGAAGAGAAUUAUGAGCCUCCGGAACUCUUCAACAGAGCUGCCAGCUUUCCGUCGGCGUCAGUUGACGAUGAGGAAUUUGUCACAAGGGGUCAGAAAGGUGAUCGAGGGUUCCAGGGACCGCCUGGUGAAUCUAUUGUUGGACUGCCCGGAAUGCCGGGAGCUGCUGGCGUGCUUGAUGCAGGCCUCAGGGAUGACCAGCUACGUGGACCAAGGGAGCGCGGACCGCCGGGACCCCCUGGUAUAUGUUCUUGCAACAUUUCUCAGAUCAUCGCAUCUUAUAACAACUUCGUGGAGUCUGAUACUAGAUAUCCCGGUUCAAUCUAUUCACCUGCAGACCUCGAUUUCAUCCCCGGUAGGAAGGGAGAGAGAGGGGAAGUUGGACCAAGAGGUCCUCAAGGUCUCCCGGGACCUAAAGGACUGCGUGGGGAAAAGGGGGACAAGGGGGUUGAUGGUAGUAGAGGAGAAAAGGGGGACAGAGGCUUUGCCGGGAUGCAAGGAGUUAAAGGGGAGCCUGGAAUUCCCGGCCUGGAUGGUUUACCCGGAUUACCGGGAUUAAACGGGAGACCUGGAAGUAAAGGGGAGAAAGGCGACACUGGGGUCCCCGGUCCUCCCGGUCCUCCAGGAACUGUGGCACAAAUGAUGACAUUAGACGAAGAUGGAACUAUUCUUACAGUUUCUCGGGGAGAUCCUGGUCCUAAGGGAGAAAGGGGGGAGAAAGGACCUUCAGGGGAGAGGGGUGAACCAGGAGAAAGGGGAAUGGCCGGGAUACCCGGACCAAGGGGGCCUCAGGGCCCAGAAGGUCCAAAAGGGGAAGCAGGACCGGAAGGACUCCAAGGUCCUGUGGGAUCUCCAGGGCCCAAGGGGGACCCAGGACCUCCUGGACCUAGUCUGGUGUCCGAUCAAGGGUUUGACCUCCUGGCCAUCAAGGGGGACAAGGGCGAGACGGGGAAGAGAGGCAGAAGAGGUAGACCUGGACCUAUGGGACCUCCAGGACUACCUGCUCCUACACAAGUUGUGAUGAAAGGUGAGAAGGGGGAGAGAGGGAUGGACGGUAACCCAGGUCCUGCGGGACUUCCAGGACUUCCUGCUGGAAGUGGAGUACAGUAUGUUCCUGUUCCAGGACCCCCCGGACCACCCGGACCCCCCGGCCCUCCGGGAAGCACUGUACCUACAAACUCAUCUUUCAGAUCAAAAUUCAAGGAUCGUCCAUCUUUUGAUAGGUUGGAUGGACGAAUGGGAUCCUUUGAAGAAUUGAAGGCAUUAAAUGAAUUAAAACAGCUCAAAGAAGAAAGAUAUAGAGGCCCCUUCUCAUCUCCCAGAAGGCAGAUCAAUGAAACCAAAGUUGUGCCAGGAGCAGUUACUUUCCCUACCAAAGCUGCUAUGUCUAGUAUGUCAGUGGUAAGCCCAGUUGGAACUCUGGCAUACGUUAUAGAUGAAGAGGCACUCCUAGUCAGGGUGAGAAACGGCUGGCAGUAUGUGGCUCUGGGGUCCCUGGUACCAGUGACUACUGAAGUUCCACCUUCCACUACACCUGCAGACCAUCAUGUACAUCAGCCUGUCUUUGAAACAUCCAACCUACUCAACCUGCCACAUCAUGUGGAAUCUCAUCAGACUUACCCGAGAAUGUUAAGGAUGGUGGCUCUAAAUGAGCCAUUUGCUGGAGAUCUCAAAGGCCAAGCAGAUUACCAAUGCUAUCGGCAGGCGAGACGGGCCGGUCUCAAGGGGGACUUCAGAGCUUUCCUAUCAUCGAGGGUUCAAAACAUCAACACUCUCGUCCGUUUUGCUGAUAGAGAUCUACCCAUCGUCAACCUGAAGGGUGACGUUCUAUUCAACUCCUGGCAAGACCUGUUUAACGGAGACGGAGCAUAUUUUCCACAACCGCCCAGAAUAUACAGCUUCAGUGGGAAAAACAUUCUCACAGAUUUCUCUUGGCCCAACAAGUACAUGUGGCAUGGAUCUUUAACGUCUGGGGACAGAGCAAUGGACUUGUAUUGUGAUGCCUGGGAUUCCGACAGCCAUGAUAGAGUGGGUUUAGCUUCUCCCUUGGCACAGAACAAACUGCUGGGUCAAGAGAGAUUCCCAUGUGACCAACAACUAGCUGUACUGUGCAUAGAAACAGACAGUCCUCCAUUUAGAGCGAGACGGAGACGAAGCAGACAAAAAGGCAACGACUGACCUUAGGAAAACACACAACCUUCCAGCCAGCCAGCCCAGCAAUAACUGGCAGAGCAAUGAUAAAAUGUUGUCAAAAGGAACACUGCAAGGUCUUAGAAUACCACCUCAACAUUUGAAAAAAGGAAACAUUUUAAAUCUGGCUAAUUAUAAUCAGAAUUGAGAGUAAAAAUCUGUUAAAAAAAUUGCAACAGAUAAAAAAAUAUAGGACAAAGUCAUGUUUUGUACCAUAUUACUUUUGAAAUAUAAUGAAGACCUUCAGAACUAUAACAGCCCAGUGUAUAUUGCACGGUGCUUUGUUCAAGUUCAAAGUUAGUUGCAGGACAGAUUUUUUUAGAUCUGCACUUACAUUGUUUGUACUGACAUGAACUUUUUACAAAGAUUGGAAAAUGCAAGUACUUUCACCAAAUGAACCCUUUCUUUGUAAAAACAUCUGACUUGAUGGCAAACACAGUAGUUUGUUUUUGACUGAGCAUUGGAUUUAAGCAAACAUUAAGAUAUUACAGUGAGGAAACCACUUUUAAAAUUCAUAACCCCUCUUUCAAACCUCCAAAACUCACUGUGAAUCCCAAUUAUUUUUUCUCCCAAAGAUUGUAUUAAUAUGGUGAGGGUAGUUGAGAAACUUGCCCGCUUAAAAGUUAAUUGGAUAAAUUUCCUUUUUUGCCUGGCAAAGGUUCUGUUGGUACAGCUAAAAAUCACACUGUUGUAACUGGCCUUGAAAGUAAGAGUAAGUAAAUUUUGUUUAAGAAGAAUUUUUCAAUGGGUGACUAUCUAAAAUGUGCCAAAGACAACUAUUUUUAGAACACAUAAAAAAUAAACUGAUGCUAGUAUAAAAUUACAGUUAGUUGAAAAACAGUUUUAUUGAAUUUAUAAAAUAAGCCUGUGGAUGUGAUAGUGAGUUUGGCAUAAAUUAUAUAAAAGAUCUUAAAUGGUUUAAUGUUAAACAUUUAAAUAUUCCAUGGUCUUCCAAAUAUGUUUUAAGUAGCUUUUUAGUGUUUUCAAUAAACAUUUUGUGUUUUUUUAUUGUAGUAGAAUUAGAAAAAGCUCAAUCAAGAAAAACAAGAUUGACAGAAAUUACUACAAUAUUGCUAGGGCUGGCUGAAUUAGAAUUUGUAUAUACUUGUAAGAUUUUUACUGUAUUACGUUACUGAAGUUUGUGUAAUUUUUGUACAGUUUGUUGUUAUAUUCCUUGAGGUUUGUGAUAGAGUCUGUGUAUACUGUUGUGAUAGAAUAUUUUUUGUUCAACGUUUCAGAAAGGCGUGAAUGACUUUUGAUUUUUGUAAGUUACCUAAAAGUAGACUGAAGUAUUGAAGAUGUUUACGUCCAUGAAAAUAUGUGUGAUUAUAAGGUUUGGCUUUACCUCUAAAGAUAGGUGUCCAAAAAAAUUGGUUCUCAUCAACUUUUGAAAUAUGCAACAAUAUUUCAAAAUUAUUAUUUUUGUUCUGAGGAACAGUAACAUUUGGCGUGUACCAUAUGAACAAAAUGUUAUUCUGUAGGUUUUUUCAUUUUUCUUGACAAGAGUUUUGGCAUAUUACACAUUAAGAAAAAGAACAUGAGCCUCCAUCUAGCUGUUCCUUAGGGGUAGCUGGGGGGCUUUGGAAUAACCCUGCAAGA